AUGUACUUGGCCGAGUCUAGUACUAUUUUUGAUUUCAGUUUAUCGCAAUAUACUCCGAUUAACACCAGACAAUUGGAUUUUUAUUUAAAUGGACUUAUGCCCUUGAUAACUGCAUCUUCUCUUACUCAAGGUCCAAUAACUAUACCAGAAGAUUUAUCUAUCAUCUCAUUGGAUCAAUUAGAUGUUUCUCAAACCAAUAAUCCAUUGAAUUGUGCUGAACAUGAUUAUCUAUUCGUUGAAACUAAUAGCAAGGAAAUAAUUGAUGAUUGUAUUAAUAUAACUCAGAUAGACGAAUUCGUAUUUGCGGACUCAAAAGAACCUUUUGAAUCUAAUGUCAAAGAUAAUAAUACUACUAAUAACUUGAUCCCUUCACCAAUAAAUCCAUUUACAAUUAACACAACUACAAAUAACCUAACCACUACCACAAAUCCUUCAAUCGUUCCAAAUACCUCGUUAAUUUCUUCACCACCACCACAAUCUCCAUUCAUCCCUGAAUAUCUUAAUUGCGAUUCUACAUUUUUGGCUGGAGAUUUGUCGUAA